AAGAGAAUGCCUUCUAUCAAUGACACCCAGUUCCAUCCCCCCUUCUUUCUCCUACUAGGAAUACCAGGAAUGGAAACUAUACAUGUCUGGAUUGCUUUCCCAUUCUGUAUUGUGUACCUGAUUGCCCUUGUGGGGAACAUCACCAUUCUCUUUGUGAUUAAAACUGAACAGAGUCUCCACCAGCCCAUGUUCUACUUCCUGGCCAUGUUGUCUAUGAUUGAUCUGGGUCUGUCCACAUCCACCAUCCCCAAAAUGCUGGGCAUCUUCUGGUUCAACCUGCACGAAAUCAGCUUUAGCAGCUGCCUUGCUCAGAUGUUCUUUAUCCACAUGUUUACAGGCAUGGACACUGUUUUACUGGUGGUCAUGGCUUAUGACCGCUUUGUUGCCAUCUGCAACCCUCUCCAGUACACUGUGAUCCUCACCAACAAAACUAUCGGCAUUCUAGCCUCUGUUAUUGUUGGAAGAAAUUUGAUCCUUGUGACUCCAUUUGUGUUUCUCAUUCUGAGGCUGCCCUUCUGUGGACAUCACAUCAUCCCUCACACAUACUGUGAGCACAUGGGUCUUGCCAGGUUGGCCUGUGCACCCAUCAAGGUCAACAUUAUCUAUGGGCUCAUGGUGAUUUCUAAUAUCAUUGUAGAUGUCAUCCUGAUCACCUCUUCCUAUGUGCUUAUCCUUCAGGCUGUAUUCCGCCUUCCUUCUCAGGAAGCUCGACUAAAAGCUCUCAGUACCUGUGGUUCUCAUGUCUGUGUCAUGCUAUGCUUUUACACACCAGCAUUUUUUUCUUUUAUGACACACCGCUUUGGUCGGAAUAUUCCCCACUAUAUCCACAUUCUUUUGGCUAAUCUAUAUGUGGUAGUUCCACCUGCCCUUAAUCCGUUCAUCUAUGGAGUCAGGACCAAGCAAAUCCGAGAGAGGGUUUUAAAGAUAUUUGUACAGAAAUAA